CGAGGACGGCCGCUUGUUCGUCAGUCAAACGGAAAUAGCCGCAAGAGAAGGUUGACGUGGAGUGCAGAAGCGAAGAAGUUUGUUGGAAGUUGGAGCAGAGAGAAAAGAGGAUAAAAAGUGGCUAUAAUUGGAGAACACCUAGCAUAAGUCGUAGUGUGUGGAAGAAGUUAUCUUUGCAAUAGAAGCAGGCAAAGAGAAAUUCUUUGCAAACGGGCAGCCAUUGGCGAGAAUUUGAUGGUUACUAAUUGUGAUUCUAUAAUUAAUAAUUGAUCGAGUUUUCCGUCUUGUGCUAAAAUUCAGUGAUCAGAGGACAUUAAUUGGCGAACAUACGGCAGAGAGGGUAGCUGAAAAUCCAUUUGUGCAGAAGUAAAACGCAAUUUAUUGAUUGUUCUUUGUUUGCGACGGAGCGGCCAUCUUGUUUUCAUCUAAUCGUAGUAGAGUUUCCCGCCGCUGCGUUGCGCUGUUCGAUGCAGAAAAUCUCAAACGAGAGAGAGAGUGCGUAUGAAAGAGACAUUAGAUGUGGUGCUGUUUUAUAUAAGCACAGGUCAGAGCGAGAGAGCAACAGUGUCGAUGGUGGAAGGAGACAACACUCACCACUAGCCGAGAGGAGUUGCUUGAUGUCGAGAAGAGAGACAAGGACACCCAGAACAGUAGCGUGCAUUAUGCUAAGAUGGUGUUUUGAUAGUGAAACGAGUAUUCACAAAGACCUGUGUCACCGAUUGAAGUAUACUGUGAACAAUAUCUUCAAUAAUCAACGGAGGUGUUUUGUUCUGUGAUAAAUCAUUUGGUAACGUAGCACUGUCACGAGGACAGUGACAGCACUUAUCACAAAAAGUCAUUGCAUAAGGAUAAAAUUGUGUGAUUGCGGCAGAGCAAAGGACAUCACCACAGCAAACGUACACAUAUUGCAUUUUUACUCGUGUAACCACAUAUUUACUACCCAAGAGGAGAGAGGAUAGUGAUUAAGGGAGCUACGCAAACAUUUACAUGUUCACGUGCGGCAAUUCCAAUUAUUCAUUGAGCGAAUUGCCGUGUUGACAUUGCCUCGAGAAGGAAAGACUACAGACAAGAAGAGUACAAAGCGCAGACAAGAGAUUCAGGAUGACAAAUUCGCAGAACAGGCCCAGCAGUGGUGGCAAUCGCUACAGUGGCGGCGGUCAGUUCAGUCCGUCGCAGCAGCAUCAGCACACGAAGGCGCCCCAGGGUCACGGGGGCAGUGCCUCCGCGAUGACGCCUGGCCAGAGCAAGGGUGGCGCGAGCGGGCGGAAGCCCAGGAGCCAGAGAUCACCGAGCGGAACCACCUACUUUGCGAGUCAGUCCACGCUCUUCUUCACGCCCGUGAAGCCCAAGAAUCCGAGCAGUCAGCCAGUGACACCGAUGGGGGCGCAGAUGAGCUCGUCGCCGCCAAACUUGUCGCAUUUUGCCGGCAGCAAGUGCUACGAGGCGCCGGCCCCGACGGCUCUUCCCCGGCCCCCAGACCACUGGAAGGUGCCCCCGGCCAAGGGGUUGCCGCGCAAGGUGACCACGAUCGCGACGUCGCCCAGCAAGAGCUGCGGCGGCGUGUUGAGCGACGCCAAGAGCGACAUUUUCUCGCACAACCUAAAGAUGCUGCUCAAUAUAAAGGCCUAAAGGACAAAUUCAUCAAGCUGUGGACAUGGAUAGUUGUAAGACGUGAGCUUAGAUUGUAAGAAUGGACUGGUGAGAUAGAGAGAGAAAGAGAGAAAAGAGCCAAGAUACGACAAGUGCAGCCGUUUGACAAAGUAAUUCUUCUUUUAUUUCUGUUCCAUACAACAUACAAAAUAUUUCUAUCUUAUAUAAAAUGUAAAUGAUAUAAUUUUUAAUUUUUAGUAAGUGUUUACCAUUCAAGCGACGCAUGGAGAUGUGUUUUUAAAUUUUUCACGAUGGUAUUUCGAGGAAUGAUUGGACUCUGUGCUCAGUGAGACUUGGACCAAUUAGUUGUGUCAAUGCCGCAGGGAAUACUAUUGUAAAUAAAUUUGAAGGGCAUAUCCAGUAAGGGUUAAAUUUCACAACAGAGAAGUAUUGGAGAGUAGAUGAAUUGGAGGCAAUUUUUAUCCAUACUGAUUUGAGUGCUUUUUUUACAUACACACAUUAUGCAAAAUUCGAGAGAAAAAAAAAUCAUGUUUGUAAAUCACUGAAGUAACUCAAUAAGUUUAUAUUAUCUUUUUGACUUUUUCUCUAUUGUAGAUCAUUUUAUUUGUUUAACACAAAUUGUGUCAUCUUCAUAGAGGGCAAAUUUCUGGAGUAAAAAAAUGAUACAACUUUGUAAUUGAAAUGAUGUUAGACGAUUUUUAUAAAUGUAGAAUGAAGAAAAGAUUGCAAAAUAACAACACAAACACUAUUUUUCUUGUCAUUUUAAGAGAAAUACUUCACACCAGUGUGCUUUUUAAACAAUGGAACAUCUUCGACAAACCAUAUUAGUGUUUCGUGCAGACUUUACUCAAUGAUUGUUUCUGAUCCACCUCAUUUGACGAUAAAGAAAAAAAUAAUGUCAGUAUUUGAAGAUAUGAACUUUUAUAGUGAUGGGAGUGUCUGAUAUAAUACAACUGGUUGAUCCUGUGAUAACUGUAUUACUUAAUAAGGACGACUUGUAACUUUACACACAUAAAGUUUGGCUGAUGGUAUUGAUAGCAAAAAGGAAAGGAAAAAAAAACCUGACAAAGAUCAAUGAGGAAGUCUGAGCCUCUAUUUGGUGCAUAUGAAAUCAAAUGGACUAAUUCCUCUUAUGACCAUUUAAGUUUCCCACUCUGUGAAGUUUUAGGCCAUUUUUCAUAGUUGUAAAGCGAAAAUAUGAAAUCCGUAGGUAAACUAAAACCAACAAGGACGUUUUGUAGCAUCACGCGCUUGAUGGAUUGCCUGCAAAAAGAGGGCAAUUUGGAUAUUUGGCGUGUUGUUGCAAAAUAUCCUUGCAGAGGUGCAUAAAUAAUUGCAUUUAUAAUGAUAUGCAUGAAUGUAGAUUUUCACACAAUUGGACAAUUUCUCAAUCAUCACUGCGCGUGAGUAGCAGUUUAACACUUCUUUUCAACAUUCCAAUGCCUAAAAAUGUAUCUUCUUAUAGUAUUUGUACAAUGAUUUUCAACCAUUUACUGAAUUCUGUUGUCCUGAAACUAUGAAACACUAAUACGCAUUCUCGAAGGAGUUAAUCUCUGUAAUAUUUUACUUUAAAAUCAAAAUUUCUCGUGUUUUUCUUUUUUCAAUAGAUUUUAUAGGCAAAUAGAAAUUGAAUGUCAUUUAUAGGUAAAAAUAAAAGUAUCACACAACCGCCCAGAAUUAAAGUCAUGGUGUGACCAAUUCUAUUGGAUAAAAAUUUGUGAAUUCGAAGAAAGUCAAACUUUAAAAAGAAUCCUUGGAGGAGAAGGCAUGACGUGUAAUGGUUAAAAAAAAUUAUUUUAAAGAAGUAAAAAUAAAACCAAGUACAAAGAUAGAAAAAUAAAAUGAUGGUAAGUGAAAAAAUUGAGGAUGAAUUUAAGGAAAAAUAAAAGAAUUGGAGGUGUGAAGCCCACUCGAUUUCAAUAAAUGUAAUUAAAUGGAUUAAGAAGUGAAAAAUUACAAAAUAGUGAAGUAGGGGACAAAAUAAUGUUGCCAUCGAGAAACUACUGACAUUCUUCGCCAAAAAAUUCAAUUUAAACGUAUUAAGGGUGAACAAGAUGAAUACACAGAAGUGGAAAAUUUAAUGUUUGCUUCAAAUACCAUUUUUUGAUGAGAAUAUUAAAUCUGAAAGGUAAACAAAUUGGCUUGUUAAGAAUAUAAGGUUUUAUUUUUGAUGAAUUAUGAUUUCAGAGAGCCACAGGUAAAUUCAAAUUUCAAUAUAAUCGCGUAUUUUUUCAGCUGAGUUUUGUCUUCUAAAUAAAUUGUAGAGUAAAUAUUUCUUUUUAUUUUUUAAAUCAAAAAUUAGUCUUUUUCAAAUAUAGAACGUGUUUCAAUACAACGUAGAGAAUUUUGUGGAGAAAUGAUGAGGAAAUUUGAUGAUAAGUUUGAAUUUACUUCUGGCCUUAACAGUGACGAGUAUAAGAGGUGUAAAAACCCUUAGUAAACCCUAAAGAUAGUUUUACAAGAGUGAAGGAUAAUUUCAAAAUAGUUUUUAAGGAUAAUAAGGUGAUAUGAAAAGAAAUUACAAUGUAAAAGGAAGAAUUUUUAUUUUAUAUGUCUUCCACGAGAACAUUUUGUCAACUUUUCUAAUGAAAUGAGGAAGACAGAUAAAGAAAGAAAGAGACAAGAUAGGAAAUAAUGUUGAAUGGAUGACAUCAAUCAGAGAGAGAUGAAAUUUGGAGGAGAAAAUAACUUGUGCAACAUCGAAUUAUGAUGAAUUUACGAUACUUUUUGCUACAGAGAUAACAGUAGAAUAAGUGAUGAAAAUAAGGAGAGGCAGAUAAUUGAAAAUUAUUCAAUUACACUUUCCAACAUUUUCGUAAAUUCACGCAAUUGUAGAAGUGAUUGAUGGAUAAAAAGAAAUAACUGUAGAAGAAGAAAGAAGAGCAUAAUGCGGCGAAGAAGAUGAAGGAGAGAAGAAAGUAAAGAGAAGAUUUUACUAUGAACAUAAAAUACAUUUCAAAUGGUGUUUUAAAUGUGAUUUGAAAUCCGUGUAAAAUUUAAUAAUAUGCAAAAACAGAAAAAUGGUAAUGUAAGAAAAAUCCGUGUAUAUCUCUAAAAAUAGAAAUUCUCAACCAAAAAUUACUGUAGAAACUGUACAUUUACUAAAAAGUGAAAAAGAGGAACAUAACCGAAAAAUUGCAAUAGUUCAAAUUUACUUUCUUCAUCGAUGUAGAAAAAAAAAACAUGACUUUUUCUUAAAUGAUAUGCAAUGUAUUUUUGUUUAUUUUGUUGUGCUCAUCAAGUUGUUUCCCAUUUUUAUUUUCAAGAGAUAUUUUUUAUUAUAUACUUAUGUAUAAUCAAAGAUUGAAUUUUGCAGUAUGACGAAGAAAAUGAUGCCAAUGAGUUAAUCAUAUACGGUCUCUAAAUAUUAAUCCACACCAAUAGUAUUUUCUUUAAAUUAUAUUUUCCACUGACAAAAAAUGUAAACGAUGAGCGUCAAUUAUGGUUGAAUUUUUCUGGACUAUCAUAACAUAUAAUGGAAAUUUUACAUCAAUUCACAAGAAGCAGAUUAAGAAAAAAAACUAUAGAGAUUAAAUAAAUGUGAAGCAACAAGCAUAAAUGAUUGAGAAAUGUGAUUUCAAAAAAAUUGAAAAAGAGAUGAUUUUCAAUGAGAAAACAAAAGAUUACAGAAAUAAGUUUAAGAAAAGAUGCAUAUUUACUUUCAUAAAAGACAAGAAAAAAUGGAACAAAAAAAAAAGAAAAAACACCCUCAACAA